CGCGGGCGGCGCGUGACCGGGCUGCGCGGAGCCGAUCCCGAACCCUGGGCGGUCCCGGCCCGCCGCCUCAGCCCGUCCCCGCGAUGCUGCUGCUGGUGGCCGCCUUCCUUGUGGCCUUCGUGCUACUGCUCUACAUGGUGUCCCCGCUCAUCAGUCCCAAGCCCUUAGCGCUGCCCGGGGCGCAUGUGGUGGUUACAGGAGGCUCCAGUGGCAUCGGAAAGUGUAUUGCUAUCGAGUGCUAUAAACAAGGAGCAUUUAUCACUCUGGUUGCACGAGAUGAGGACAAGCUGCUGCAGGCCAAGAAAGAAAUUGAAAAGCAGUCUAUUAAUGAUAAGCAGGUGGUGCUUUGCAUAUCAGUUGAUGUAUCUCAAGACUACAACCAAGUAGAGAACGUCAUAAAACAAGCUCAGGAGAAACUGGGUCCAGUGGACAUGCUUGUAAACUGUGCAGGAACGUCACUUUCAGGAAAAUUUGAAGAGCUGGAAGUUAGUUCUUUUGAAAGACUAAUGAGCAUCAACUAUCUGGGCAGUGUGUACCCCAGCCGCGCGGUGAUCACCACCAUGAAGGAGCGCCGUGUUGGCAGGAUCGUCUUUGUGUCCUCACAGGCAGGACAGCUGGGCUUAUUCGGCUAUACCGCCUACUCUUCGUCCAAGUUUGCCUUAAGGGGAUUGGCUGAAGCUUUGCAGAUGGAGGUGAAGCCGUAUAACAUCUAUGUUACAGUGGCCUACCCACCAGACACAGACACCCCCGGGCUCGCAAAAGAAAACAAAACAAAGCCUUUGGAGACUCGACUUAUUUCAGAGACCACAUCUGUCUGCAAACCAGAGCAGGUAGCCAAACAAAUCGUUAAAGAUGCCAUACAAGGCAAUUUCAACAGUUCCAUUGGCUCAGAUGGGUACAUGCUCUCAUCCCUGACCUGUGGAAUGGCUCCAGUAACUUCUAUCACUGAAGGGCUCCAGCAGGUGGUGACCAUGGGCCUUUUCCGCACGAUCGCUUUGUUUUACCUUGGAAGCUUCGAUAGCAUAGUCCGUCGCUGCAUGAUGCAAAGAACAAAAUCUGAAGUUGCAGACAAAACAGCCUGAUUCUUAUCCCUCAGAAAAAGGACUGUUUCUCAGUAAUGUGGACAGCUUGCUGCUAAGUGAGGCUUCGUUUCUGGCUGCAGACACUAAUACAUUGUUUCUGAGUAUGUGAGACUGGACCAGUGCUCUUCAGAAACGGGGCUGCUUGUGCGGGCAUAGACGUUCGGCUCCAGACAAUAUUAUUGAUACUAUGCAAAUUUGGAAUAGGAGGCUUUCUGGGCCGUGAGGCAGAGAGGCGAUGGCUUGGGGACUGAGCGUGUAAUCAGGGCAGAGAACAGUGUUUCAGAGUGACAAUUUAAAUGUUUUUGUAUUUAUUAUUAUUUCUUUCCCCUAUAGUGAUUGAGGCCAGAAAUGUACUUUAUGGCACUUGAAAAGUCGUGAGGGCUUUUUUUCAACCUUCCAUGAAAGGCAGUUUAAGGGUUCUUGGGGUCCUGGCUUUUUUUUUUUUUAACUUGGUAUAUUUUAUUCAAGAUGAGCUUGACCCAUUGCCAGUGAGUCCAGACACAUUCAAAUGUCCCUGACACCAAGUGUUAGACACACGACUCCCCCUGCUGCUGGUGGAAGCUUGCACUUUCUCUCUCUCUUUGAUCCCAGAAAGCUACAUGGGGGAUGAGAGAGAGCAAAGCAGUGGAUGGGAAGGCCAUCAGGCUUAAAAGAUAAACAUUUUCCAGGAGGAAAAAUCGUACUUCCUUAUCUUCUUUAGAUGCGAAUGCUUAGAGAACUUUUCAUUUUUCAUUCCUGGGGAAAGGAAGCCUCCUCAAUUGUUUUCUGAAGAGAAACAAAACCUUAGACACUUAAAAAGUUUACAAUUUCUUAAAAUAGCCAUGGGGACCUGAAGUUCACCUAUCCGAUUAUCAGAUCUUCUUUCUUUUCCUGUCCAGUUCUGCUUAUCCUGCUGUAAUAUUUUCGUACCCCCACAAAAAACUACAAUUUUUGACUCGACUUUUUAAAUUAACUCGUGAAUUAAUUAAAACAACUGAAAAAAUAAAAAGGUGUGCAAUUCUUCUCGUAGCAUAUAUGUAGCUUUCAGGAAAGGCCAAAGGAUAUUUAAAUUUUACUCAUUAUAAGGGAAAAAAAAGUAGGGCAAGGCUGAUUUUGAAGAUAAAAUGAUCUCAUUUGGGAAAUAAAAUGAGCACCCCGUUCCUUCUAUGACGCUCCUACUGGCUCUGCAAGCAUUAUCUUCGUACACGUGUUAGGAAGCCCAUUCAUCACUCUAACUCUGUAGCCCUGGAAAUCCUCAUGGCCCCUGAAGGGUGUUUGCUGGUUAUAGGAUCUACUGUACAUUCAAUGGAUUUCCACAGUAAGUGCCUAUGAUGAGUUUUAGCCAACACUACCUGUUCCAUCCUGUUCUCUGUAAGUGCUGAUCCUUGUGCUGGCUUGAGGUUAGUUACCUUUGUCUGCAUGCCAUACGCCUUUUGUUUUUUGCAUACACUGUAUAUAUGUAUCUGCGGUAGAACAUCCCAGUUCUCUUUGGUGAAAACUGACCUCUGCUUUUGAAGAAGAAACUUUUUGUAAAAAAUAAAUAAACCAAAAACACAAAACUACAGAAAGUUGAAGGUUUAAAAACUAUUUAAAAAAUAAAACAACCAUUGCCAUCAAGUUGUUUCUGACUCAUGGCAACCCCGUGUAUGCAGAACAGAACUGCACUCUAUAGGGUUUUCAUGGCUGUGACCUUUUGGAAGCAGAAGGCCAGGCCUGACUUCCGAGGCACUUCUAGGUGGGUUCAGACUGCCAGCCUUUUGGUUAGUAGUCGAGCACUUAACUGUUGGUGCCAGGCUUUUUUUGUUCUUGAGUUUUUGAACCUCUUGACCUGAAAAUGACUUAAUUUUUUAAUAAGAUGUUGAAUGGCUUUAAUUCAUAAUACCUUUUUAUUGAGAUCUGAGAGUGGCAUAUUUUGAACAACUGGUAAAUACAGAAGAAAUGAUGACUUAGUAUAUAAGUUUCAUGAAAUUACAGUUUAUGGGGGUGGGUUGAUGUGAACAUGAUUUCAUGAAUCUUUCAGACUUACCUAGUGAUAGCUCACAAACUAUGUUGUCACCUUGUACAGAUGCUGCAAUGGGAUAAUGGCUGUAUUCCUAAUUCAUAGAAAACAGUUAUAUUAAUGUAUGGGAUUUGCUUGAUUUUAAGGCUUUUCUCAUAAAAUUCUCUUGAAUUUUGGCACCUUCUACUGGCUGGUCUAUAUUAAAAUCUAGUCCAAGAUAAUGUUUGGCUUAAUAAAAUGGAGUAUCAAUAAUUAUUUUAACAUGCGUUUUUCUAGGUAUCCCACAGAGAACACUGUCAUCUGCAGGCAAUCUGCCAAGUUGAAGAGUUUUGUGUGGAAGAUAUGAUCCCUAACCCAGUUUAAGCUCAGGUGUGAGGACAGUUUCGUGGACAUGAUAGUUAUUUGAAGUGUCAGGAAAUGAGCUUCCUCAUCAGAGCUAUUACAGGACCAUAGUCCCUUAUCCAAAAGCCUUGAAAAUUAAUUGUUAGAAGUUUGGUGUUAUCAUUCAUUUGGUGGCAAAAACCUGAUUUGAACUGACACAAAGUUAUUGGAGUGUGUAUUUCUACCCAUUCAUGUGACUGUUCAUUAAUACCUCCUGAGGAAAUAUCAGUGGGUUUGAUAAUAGGGUAUGGUCCCUGCCCCUGUGGAGGUGUUUGGUAAUAUCCAGGAUAUGCCCCAUCUUACCUUCUUAAAAUCCAAAAACUUAGGAAUUCUAAGACCUGAAGGGCUCUGGACAAGGGACUGUAGAUAUUAAACCACAUUGCACAAUGGUCGGGCCUCAUCCAAAAAGUGAAAAUGUUACAAGGCAAAUUCUAUUUUGUAUGUUUUUCUUUUUUUGCUCAAUUCAUGUAUAGUUUUUUUUUUGUAACUGACUUACUCUUUUGCUCAGGGAGAAAAAAAAACAAACCAACCCUGAGUCAAAUUGUUAGGGAAACUAUCAGCUUUUGUUUUUAAAGAAUCACAUUGUUUCAACACCUACUGUACCUAGGAUGAGUAGGUCUUACUUCAGGCAAAAGAAGUUUAUAAUUCUAUUGAGAUGUUGACUCUGUGACUAGCAGCAGUUUUUUAUGUUAAUUUCAGUUCUGAAGUGCCUGUCUGCUGGGCUUGGUUGUACUGUUUUAUUAUAAUGUAUUUGUGAUUAUAUUUAGUUAAAAAUGUUUAAUGUCAUUCAGCCAUAGAAAUUACAAUGUUUAAGGACUCUUAUAAUUGAAAAAUAUAUUUAAAAAAAUCCUCAUUCAAGCUCAUGGGAAUUGUUCUUUUUUUUUUUAUGUCAGUAAUUGACACAGCUGGAAAGAGGAAGUUAAAAAUGCUGUUAAUGGUUCCCUGUUUGCAUUAAUACAUAUAUUUAGUUAUAAAUCUUUACCGGGAUCUGUUAAACCAUAUAUUGAUUCUUGCGUAUGAAACUUGGAGAGACUUUAAUAUUUAGAGGACAAAAUUUCUUUUGGCAACAGUUGCUUUAAUUCAAGGAAUUUCGUGUCUUUGGCUUUCUAGAAGAAGGCAACACCAUAAUAAUUCUUUUUUCUGAAUUAUAUCAUCAACAGCUUUAAUUUUAUUACAUCAUGUUCUAAUUUAAACAUGCAUUACUCACUUGUAGCCAGUUUUAAAUAUUCAUGCCUUUUUGACGUAAGAUGCUUUUAUAUCUUUCUCAUUUCCUUUAGUUUUUAGUAACUCAGCUUUAAAAAGUACCUGGUAACCAUCAUACUCUAUACUCUGGACUAAUGAUCAGUUUAUGGUUCAGUGCAAUGAGGGAAGAUUUGAUAUUUUAAAGAGGAGAUAAUAGCUAGUAUAUUUUACACUUGCUUUGAUGUGGUAACUCUAAGGACUCUCUUAAAUUAAUGAAAGUGCACAUGGCUAUUUUGAUACCUGUUAGAACUUGUGUUUGCUACUUAGAAGCUUUUGUGGUGGAACUGUAAACUAAUUUUCAUAUCUUGUAUUUCGUAUCUUGUAUCACAACAAAAAAUAAAUGGGGAACAAGCUUUA